CAUUCUCACCCUAUAUAUAUAUACACAUACCAAAGCUCCAUCUCUCACUUCCACGCACUCACACACACACAGAGAUAACAGAUAAAAUGCUACUCUUUUCGAAAUCCAAGUCAAGAACAGUCCAUCACUACCACGAUGAGAGAGAAAAAGACAGCACAGGAGACGGCGGUGAUGAAGCAGCAUCCACUUCUCUAACAGUUUGGACAAAAUCCCUCGUUUUCAGCUGCACCGGCUUCACCGUCAUCGCCUCCGACGGCGCUUUGGCCUAUCGGGUCGACAACUACACCGGUCGACCCGGUCAAACCGUCCUCAUGGACGGUUCGGGCAAUCCCAUUUUCACCAUCCGCCGUCGCAAGAAGCUAGGGCUAUUGGACUACUGGCUUGUCUACGAAGGUGAGGUCUGCAAAUACAGCAACAAAGAGAAGAUUAAACCUGUGUUUUGUGUGAGGAAAAACAUAAGUUUGAGGCAGACAAAAGUGGAUGAUGUGGUAGCGUAUGUUUACUGUGGGAUGUCGGAAAAGAGAUGCAUGUAUGUGAUUAAAGGCUCCUUCACGCAUCGAUCGUGCAAGAUUUUGGAUGAAUCGGCGAGGGUGGUUGCAGAUAUUAAGAAGAAAGAAGCCAUGCCAGAAGGUGCUUCUUUUGGUUUAGAGGUCUUUCAUUUAAUCAUUAAGCCCGGUUUCCACUGCAGAUUUGCGAUGGCUAUUGUGUUAUUACUUGAUCAGAUGUACUCUUAAAUUAAUAUAUACGGCUUAAUUAUGUACAAA